AUGUUUAGUACACUGCGGCAAACGUCUGGAGAUGGAGACCGUCUCCUCAGCGUGGAGAUUGCCCCGCCCUUUGACAAGGACAGGAUGUCAAUGCGGACCGCCUGUGAGAGAUGCCGUUUACAGAAGUCCAAGUGUGUUAGUGGCGAGAAUGGCUGUAUGCUAUGCGUUGCAAAGAACCAAAAAUGCGAGUACUUGGUUGUCUCAAGGCCUCGACGGCGCAGGCCAAGCGGCGCUGGUGGUGGUUCAAAAUCACGCAACGACAACGAGGAUGAGGAUGGCGACAGCAACACAGUCGCCAGCAAGCAGUCAAAUCAGGCAAGAAUGCACAAGCGCUGGUCUAGAAUGCAGACAAUACGACAAUCAUCGCCAUUAUCAACACAACCAUCAUCACCUAAGGAGCAACUGAGAGCCACAACAGUCUCAAAGCCAUCGCUUCAGGAUAGCAACAACAACACAACAGGGCCAGAUAUGAGCUUAGAAGAUGCACAGCAACUAAUUUUCAACGAUGCACUCUUCCCAGACCCUCUUGGAUCAAUUCCAGCAGUCUUUCCACAAUUUGAGCCCGCAGCCGCCAGGGACUUCUUUAACAGUAUGCCUAUACCUGCUGAAAAGAUUCACGCAGGCCGCGGUAUUACUGCCGAAGCGUUGACUGCUCGAGGAGACAGCAGUAAGCAGAACAAUCACACAUCUGUUUACUCGUCGUCGUCAGCAGAUAGCAUUUUCGAAUUUGGAGUUGAUCAGAUGGACUUUCUGAUGGAUGAGUCACGCAUCACUGCAGCAAUGGCCCCCCACAGUGCCCGAGACAGGAACAAGGUGACAACUGAGGCUCGGCCUACUACAACUCAUUCCUCAACACCGUCAGACUCGGAGCCCGUUUUCAACCCCACGUCCAUCCCAGCAACGUCAUCUUGUGGCUGCAUGAUGACAGCUGUUACCAUAUACGAGGCUUUGCAGGUUCAGCUCGUUUGGGGAGAUCCAAUCGCUGGCCCAUCAACGACAUCAAGUCCCAAGUCUUCGUCAGCGGGAUCCUCAUACUCUUCUGGACCAUCAUGGUCAGAUUCAGCGUCAGGGUCAGCAUACAGUUCACCAACGUCCCUUAUCACGCAACAAACAAUUCUCAAACGCCAAAAGACGGUACUUCUCCGUUGCGACUCACUUACCCGAUGCGGCACCUGCUGGUCUCGCCCAGACUUUGUUAUGCUGAUCAUUACCAUAUGCGAUCGCAUUCUGACAAGUCUGGAAGCUGUCGAGCGCUUCGUCUGCACCAAAAACGACGAUGACAUGAAUACAGUCAGCUGUAACGGGAAUGCGGCUGCCGUUGAUAUUCAGGCCACUUUGACAUCAUCAUCGCGCUCGGAUCAAUCCUUGUCUGCCUCGUCCAACGGGCUGCAGAGUGGGGUGGGUGCGUGGCAGAUCGACGACGAGGAUGAGCAGGAACUUGUUAUUAGCUUGAUCAAAUCCCGCGUCGCAAGGCUCGGCAAUCUGAUCAAUAUAGCGGAGGGAACAAUAAGCGCAAACGGGUGGCCUUGGCAUGAGAGGCUGGUUCAGGCUCUGCGGAAGAGGUCUAACAAAUUGGCCAUCUCCCUGUCAUUUCGCGGCUUUCCUUGA